AUCUCAGAUCCUCAACACAAUCAUUGUGGAUAAACCCACCCUUAGUUUCUUCGCUUCACCGGUGAAAGGCCAGAGCUACUGAAAAAUGGUUUCUUCGAUUAUAUCUUUACAUGCCAGAUUAUUUUCUUAUGGUGUUUUCACCAAUUUGAGGUUUGCAUUUUCGGGAGAGAAAAAUGGGAUUUGUAUUUCCGGCGUUCCUAUGACUCGCGUUUGUCCGGGAGAGCCAACCAAAUGCUUGGGUUUUUCAGGGUUCAUUGUGAGGCCGGCGGCUGCAACACCAAUUGCUUCAGGGAACAACCUCACCUGGCCAUUCUUCAAACCCCUGCACUGCUCACUCCAGGUUGAUGGUGGAGGAAUCAUGUGCGAGCCUUGUAUUGGCAAAGGAUGGCUGCUUUGUGAUUUUUGUAAAGGACAAAAAACCAACGUUAAAGCUGACAACAACCGGAUCUACCGCCGUUGUCCAUCUUGUAGAGCUAUUGGUUAUGUGUUGUGUUCAAAAUGCAAAGUCUUCAAAUGUGUCACCUUCCCAAAUGGUAGUGACGGUGAAGAGCUGACGUUCUGAGAACACCUUGCUAUUUCUUUCUUUCUUUUCUU